UUAUUUAUUAACGUAUAUAAUUUUAUUUAAGAAGUACAUUUCGUAUAGUAAUCUUUUUCCAUUCGUCACAAGUAAUAAAAUACCUAUUUACCUCACUCUCUUUGUCAACCAUACUUUGAUUGAAUAUCAGUGAUUUUGUAGAGUAAGCUUUUAUAUAUUUUUCAGCACUAAACUGUUGGCGAUUAACCCUGUAUUUUUUUUUCGAAUCCACUUUUACGAUCAAGUGUCUCUGAUUUAUUAAUAAAAAUAUGUUUUUGGUAACUAACGUAUUUUUUAAAUCACAACAUGGAAUGGGUAUAGGCAUAAGAUUUUUGGAAUAAUUUGUUUUUCUAACCCUUCUGGUACAUCUGAGGUCGAGUGGCUCCAAGACUUUUUUUUUUAUAAAAAAAGACUGUCUUCCACGAUUUUGUAAGUUAUUGUUGUAAAUGGAUGGGGACUACUGAACAUUAUGUGUAUGUCUCGGACUGUGGCAGAAGUGUAUAUAUAAGAAGAGCUAAUAAUAGGAAUUCGAAUCAGUAAAAACAAUCUUGUUUCAAAACAUUUCUGAUUCUCCAGACAUGUGUACUCUAAUUUAUGUUCGGUCCUAGAUGAAAAAAAUAAAAUAAUUGAAAAAAGCAAAAAGUAUGAUUGCGAUUGAUAGGAUAAGAGCUCAAAGUAUAAUGGCUUAUCAUUACCAAAAUUACUAUCACUAAUAAAUCACAGUAGCUUUACUGCGUAGCUCAGUAACACGAGUUAUGGAUGUACCAAUAGGCGAAGGGUGAUCAAUGUGGAACAAGUUGAAUGGAUUUAUCGAAAAACUUAAGAAUUUCUUUGGAAGGUUGUUCAUUCACUGAUACUUGAGAUUUCUCUUUCACUAUGUAAGUCCAACAGUAAUAUAUUUCAAUUAUGCCAUUUAUGAACCUUCCAGGAUCUUCAAAUUUAUUAAUUGAACUCAAUCGAAUUUGGCAGAAUUAUAUCAGAAAAAAAAAGUAUUGCUCACACAUCUCUAAUAAGCAUUUCUUCUGGACGAUAGUAAAUUAUAUCUAUUCAAGUUGAGAAGACAAUACCUGCGUUAAUAGAAUUAUCUAACACUAUAAAAUUCCACUUAAUGAAUAAACUAUAAUAAUUUAUAUUUCAUCGAUUGGAGGAAAAAUUGCAUUCGGAGCACUCUAUUGGUUGUGUAAAUGUUACAAGUAAAAUUGAAAAACAAUUACACAGCAUUCUUAAUAAUGCUUGAUGUUCUGAGAGAGAAACUUCACAUGAUUUUCACAUUAAAGCGGAACAAUAAGUAACUUUUUUUUCUUUGAGUAAUCAAGUCUCUUUACAAAAAGCACAACAGAUUUUUUAUCAACUGAAGAAUUGAUUGAUUGUCUUAAGAAUGAAAAAGCAAAGUGAUGAAUAUUUGUAAUAAUAUAAUACAGCUCUGAAGUAUUUGUUUGGAACAUUAAUAAAAGCUACAGCCAAAUGAGAACUGCUAUUUUAAUAAACGUUUGUACAUAUUCAACAAUUUGCGAAAAUUUUGACUUUUAAUGUUCUACUGUUCCAUUAGGAAAUAAAAAAAAAACUAGUUUUUCAACUUCAAAAAUUAAAAUUUUGAUAAAAAAUGAAUGUUUUCUUCAUCAGUUGAAGUUUUUGUACAUCUAGAUCCAUUUGUCUCCAGUCGCUACCGCAACUUUUGUCCAACAGAGUAUAUCUUCCUUUAUUCCUAACACCCAAGUUUGUAACCGAAGCGAGUAUAGAGUAAGAGAAUAGCUACUGGUUCUCUAUGCAGUCACGAAGCGUAACGGAGUAACUUAAUAUACCGAAUUGCAUGGUCUAUGAAACUCAUUGUGACAAAAACUUAUAUGAUGCGAUUUAUGCAAAGUUUUUUAUCACUUGGUCCGUGAUUGUCACAAACUUAUCAACAUGGCUGAGAAAUCUUUGAAUAGCGAAAAAAACGGAUUGAAUCAUGUGCGAGUUCUUACUUUGAAUAACGGAGAGCAUCAAGAUGGAAUUCAAUACAGGGUAAAAAAAGGAUGGCACAUCGAAUUUCAACUUGGACCUUCUUUAUUUGGGAAGUUAGUACACGUUUAUACAAACCAUCCACCAACGAGCGAUCUACCGUUCGAGAGACACACGUAUUAUCAACUUCAGUGGAACAAGGAUUCGGCUUCAAUGCCAGUUAUGUUCGCAGGAUCGUUCCAUUAUUAUGCGACAGAUUCAAAAGAUGGGGAUGGCUUGAAGGCAAUCGCAUCGGGGUAUCUAUUGGUAGAACCAGAACUCCAACUACCUGGAUGUAAAGGAGUUCUCCCUCUUGAUUGUAUCCAAUGUCAAACUGUUAUUUCAAAAUGCCUCGGCCCUUUUUCUACUUGGGAGGAAAAACUCAUGGUCGGACGUAAUACAGGCUACAAUAUGAUCCACUUCACGCCAAUCCAGGUACUGGGAGACUCUCAUUCGGCUUACAGUAUCAGUGAUCAACUAAAAUUGAAUCCUGCUUUCAACAAUGAGAACGGAAAACCAACGAUGUUCGACGAUGUCCAAGAACUUAUCAACAAAAUGCGCAACGAAUGGAACGUUUUGAGUAUCUGCGACAUAGUCUUGAAUCAUACGGCAAAUGAGAGCCCAUUUUUACUUUCUCAUCCGGAAUGCACGUAUAAUUGUCUCAACAGUCCACAUUUACGACCCGCCUACUUAUUGGACAUUACCCUGUUCGAAUUAACAGUGCAAGUUGCUGAUAACGAGUGGGAAUUGAAGGGAAUUCCGUCAAUAGUCGAAACCGAGGAUCACUUGAAUGCAAUACGUCACGCUCUGCAUACUUACUUCUUACCUCUCGCCAAGAUUCACGAGCUAUAUACUGUUGAUGUUGAUAGAGUCAUUGAUGAUUUUUUGAAUAUCGCUCGUACAAGAAUACCCGAAGAUCCAGCAGCGAACUCACAGACACCGGAAAUGACUAUUUCCAUUAUUCAAAAUCCGGAAUAUCUUAGACUCAAGUCAACGGUAGACAUGCAGCUUGCACUACGAAUUUAUAACACCUACAGGGCGGACUGCUUCGAUGAAGAUACCCGUUUAAAACGCUGUGCUGAAGAUCUGCGAAAGAGCUUACAAGAUUUAAACACCGUGAUAACCAAUGAGAUCCAGAACAACUUGAACGCUGCAGUAGAAAACACAAUUGCUAGUAUUCGAUAUUUCAGGGUACAGCAAGAUGGUCCAAAAAUCAAAGAAAUAAGUGAACGGAAUCCUCUGAUACCGAGGUAUUUUACUGAUUAUGGAGCGCCAAGAUCGUUUAUGGAACGUGAAGCUGCUAUGUAUUCGGAAAAUGGUUGCUAUUUAAUGGCACACAACGGUUGGGUAAUGAACGGUGACCCCCUAAAAAAUUUUGCCGAUCCUGAUUCGAAUAUUUACAUCCGUCGUGAAUUAAUCUCUUGGGGUGACAGUGUUAAACUAAGAUUCGGUGAAAAGCCAGCAGACAGUCCUUUUAUUUGGCAACACAUGGCCAAUUACGUCGAACAAACUGCCAAGAUUUUCGAUGGCAUCCGGUUGGAUAACUGUCAUUCAACUCCGAUACCCGUUGCUGAGUACAUGCUCGACGUCGCACGACGAGUCCGUCCGGAUUUGUACGUCGUAGCUGAACUCUUCACUAAUUCGGAUCAGAAGGACAAUAUCUUUGUAAACCGCUUAGGCAUCACUUCUCUAAUUAGAGAGGCAAUGUCAGCUUGGGACAGCCACGAGGAGGGGCGUUUGAUUUAUCGCUACGGCGGUGAACCAGUCGGAGCCUUUUUUCAAUCACGUCAGCGUCCUCUUGUACCAUGCAUCGCCCAUGCUCUUUUCAUGGAUCAGACACAUGACAAUCCAAGUCCCAUAGAGAAACGCAGCAUAUUUGAUUUAAUACCAAGCGCUGCUCUGGUUUCAAUGGCCUGUUGCGCUAGUGGGAGCAAUCGCGGAUACGAUGAGCUGGUCCCUCAUCACAUUCACGUGGUCGAUGAAAAUAGACAAUACACAGCAUGGAGCGAGGAAAAAGAGCUCGACAAAAAGAACUCACGUUACGUGGGUUUCGAAUCAGGAAUCAUACGCGUCAAACGAGCACUGAACAAUCUUCAUUUUAGCUUGGGCCAAGAUGAAUUUUCACAGGUAUUCGUCGAUCAAAUGGACCCUGAUAUCGUGGCAGUGACGAGACACUCGCCCAUGACUCACGAGAGCAUAGUUCUGGUGGCGUUUACCGCGUUCAAACAUCCUAAUUCAACUGCCAAGGAUCUCAGGAGGCACGUGCGGCCGUUGCGAAUCGAAGGAGUUGUCGAGGAAAUUAUAUUGGAGGCUUCAUUUUCAUACAAAGCCAAUGAAUCGCCUUUCCACUAUCCCGAUAAACACGUCAAAGACGAGGAUUUUAUAAAUGGUUUAACGGAUUACGUGGUUGAUUUCAAAGAGCAUAUUCAAAUUUGCGAUUCGGCGGUAUUCAACAAAGUUGAUUCGGGAGAUUCAAAAAUAACGCAGUUAAACUUCGUUAACUUUCAACCCGGCUCAAUCGUAGUGAUUCGUGUCUCUCUACAUGCUGAUAUAAAACCCGCUCUGUCGAAAUUGAAUGCAACUAUUGAAAUGGUGACAUCGUUCGAAAGCUCGGAACUUCGAGCGAUUGUAUCCCGCAUGGAUUUGGCCGAUAUGAAUAAGGUUUUGUUCCGCUGUGAUCAGGAAGAACGCGACGAAACCGGCAAUCGUUUCGGGGUUUACAAUAUUCCUUCUUACGGGCCUGUAACUUAUGCCGGUUUUCAAGGAGUAAUUUCUCUACUCGCUGAGAUUCGUCCGAACAACGACCUCGGUCAUCCUUUGUGCGUUAAUCUCCGUGAGGGUAAUUGGCUCAUCGAUUAUUUUUGGCAACGCCUUAGAGAUGACGAAGCCACCAGCCAUCUUGGCAAAUGGUUAGAAGACGCCGCUGAACCUUUCAAAUUAAUCCCUCGUUAUCUUGUUCCUAGUUACUUCGAUGUCAUCAUCGUUAAUCUCUAUAUGAUUCUCUUGGAACAAUCCUACGCACUUAUGUCUAGUUUCGUUCAAGAAGGCUCUACUUUUGUGAAGCUGCUCUCGCUGGUUUCUGUACAAGUUGGAGGUAUCGUUCAAUCUUCUCCACUUCCUGACUUAUCACCGAAUUUAAAUCCUCCAAAACCAAAAACUAGAGUGACAAAUAACGUUGAAGAACAAAUGUGCCUUACGAUAUCGGCUGGACUCCCACAUUUUGCGACUGGAUAUAUGAGAAAUUGGGGGCGUGAUACGUUCAUCGCACUUCGAGGAAUGUUCCUUUUAACCGGUCGGUACGAAGAGGCCCGAUUCAUUAUUCUCGGAUAUGCUGCAACAUUGCGACAUGGCCUUAUACCAAAUUUAUUAGACAAAGGAACAAAUGCCCGGUUCAACUGUCGUGACGCGAUUUGGUGGUGGUUGUAUACGAUUCAAUGUUACACUCAACACGUACCGAAUGGUUUGAAAAUUUUCUCGGACAAAGUAUCCAGAUUAUUCCCUACUGAUGAUUCUCCUCCACUUCCGGCAGGACAAGCGGAUCAAGCUCUGUACGACGUAGUUCAAGAAGCACUAACGAUUCACUUCCAAGGACUUUGUUUCCGUGAGCGGAAUGCUGGACAGAAAAUUGAUGAGCAUAUGACCGAUCGGGGCUUCAAUAAUCAGAUCGGAGUGCAUCCAGACACCGGAUUUGUAUUCGGUGGUAAUGAUGCCAAUUGUGGUACUUGGAUGGACAAAAUGGGAUCUUCAGCUAAAGCGGGAAAUAAAGGAAAACCUGCAACACCGCGUGACGGUUCAGCGAUAGAAUUAGUUGGAUUGAGCAAAUGCGCUUUGGGAUUCCUUGCAGAGCUCUAUAAACAGAAUCUAUUUCCAUAUGGAAGUGUUCAGCGAAAAAAUCGUGAUGGUACUCUCGUAACAUGGAGCUAUAAACAGUGGUCUGAAAGAAUCAACGCCAACUUUGAAAGUUACUUCUUCGUAAACGAAGUACCUGUAGAGGGUGAGAUGGAUCCGGAAUUAAUUCAUCGCCGUGGAAUUUACAAAGAUACUCAUGGAGCGACUCACGCCUGGGCUAAUUAUCAACUUCGCCCCAAUUUUCCAAUCGCAAUGGUCGCAGCACCUGAACUAUUCGAUCCUCAUCAUGCAUGGACCGCGUUGGAACAGGCUGAGCGGAUUUUACUUGGUCCUUUAGGCAUGAAGACUCUCGAUCCUGCCGAUUGGGCAUAUAAUGGAUAUUACGACAAUUCGAACGAUACGAGUGAUACGAAAUUAGCCCACGGUUGGAAUUAUCAUCAAGGACCGGAAUGGGUUUGGCCGAUGGGAUUUUUCCUCCGUGCUAAGUUGCACUUUGCACCACUGGUCGGAGGGGUAGAAGAACUUGAACGGACGAUCGCAUGGACCGAAACAAUAAUAUCACGACAUUUGGUUGAAGCGUCAACGAAUCAUUGGCGAGGAUUGCCGGAAUUGACGAACAAAGACGGUGAAUAUUGUCGCGAUAGUUGUCGCACCCAAGCUUGGAGCGCUUCAACUAUCCUCGAAGUUCUAUACGACCUUGAGACGCUGAAAAAGGAAUUACGAAGGAAUCACGAAAAAAGCGAGAAUACGAACUGAUACAAUUUUGCGUGUGUUCACCAUAGCCACUUGUACUUAGAUUAUGAGAAACUGGUGGAAAAGAAAGAAAAGAUUAAGAAAAAUGAUGGGCAAAAAUGGACUAUAGAGGAUCAACGGUACCAGAUUCAAAAAGCACCAGGUAGUCAAAACAAAGAAAAGCGAAGGGAAACGCACGCAAAUGAAAAAAAUCAGUCACGUGAAAAGAAAAAUGAGAGCACUAUUAUACCAAACGUACCUGCGUCCAAUCUCACGUGUCCAAUAAUAUUACAAACAACAUCGAAAAUGGCAGCGGGCCAUCCGAUCAAUUUUAAAAUGAGUGGAAUUGGAAAAGGUGAGGAAAUCCCAAAUGAUCACGUUUACGAAGAGGUCGAUACAUUAGACGAAACCGACAAAAUCUAUGAGAUACUGAAUAAGUCAAACAGUAAUGAUAAGAAUAAUCGAAUCCUUGAUUCUUUCAUCAAUAAUGUUUUACCAAGCCACAAAAUUUGUUUGCAAUGUGCCUGCGGUUCUCGUGGUAGCCCAGUGAUUUAUAGUGACACAUUGAUACGCUGCAAAGGUAACCUUUAUGCAAAGGAAGCGUUUUUUCAUUGUCCAGAAAACUCCUUGUCGCAACUCCACUUCCGAUUUCACUCAGCAUUGCACUUUAAUAGUGGAUUCGAUAAAACUCUUUCAAACAUAUAUCACCACUAUAUGCCCGUCUCUAACUUAAUUAAAACUCGCCGAUCGGGAAUUCUCUAUUCACAGCCUAUUCUCAAUGACAUUUUUGAUCUACGAAGCAAUUUGGGACCUCGUAUCGAGCUACUCGGGAGAAACAUUGAAGAAAUCGGCGAAAUAAAUACACAGGUUUACCAUCGUGCUGUUAACUACAUAUACUCGAGAAUAUCCGAGUUUGGAUAUCCGCCAAGUAUCUUCGUUUCGACCGUUAAAUCGAGUCGAACAUCCUUGAGUAUUAAAACCUCCAAUUGCAAUGAGAAUACAAUUUAUUGGUUGAAUUGCAAUAACAAUUUGAAAAAUCGCGUCGAUAGUAAAAGUGAACGUGGCGAGCGAUCGAUAACGUCCGUCAGCGAGACUCACAACAAUAGAUCCAGUCUUUUGCUACUCGAACCACUUCUCUUGAUGCCCGAACUCGUCAAUCCGAGGCAAAAUUCCGGAAAAAACCGCAUUGCUCAUUCCGAGCACGUCAAAAUAGUACGAAUGGUUAUUGCGUAUACACUUUCAUUUUUUCUUUUAGCCAUAAUCACGUUCUACAUAGUAUAUUUCACGUAGAAAGUGGCUGCCUUAAUAGAUUUAUUUUACACUGCUCUGUGUCAAUGGAAGUAUCCAUUACACGAUAGUGGUUUUUAAAAGUUCAUGUAAACGACAGUUUUAUGGAUUGUUUUCCUCGGAUAUUCUUCUUACCACAUAUUGAGAUUUCUCAUUUAUAGUUUCCCAUUUGCCGUAUGGUAUCAUUUGUGAAAUCAGAUACAUACGUUUUAAACUGAUGUAAAAAUGGUUUAUAUAUAUUAGGGGUGCUCAAAAAAAGUUUUCUCAAAAGUUUCUGGUAGGUAAAAGAAAACUUCUCCGGUAAACGCGACUCCAUAUUUUGAUUCUACUAGAUUCUCAACAGGUUUUCGUUUUUCCCUAUAAAUAACACGUGAUUUUUUUUUUCGUUUUCUUCAAAUAAAACUAUUAAAGAAUUUUUUUUACAAUUUUGAUUGACAGAUUUUUGUAGGAUAUUAAAUUCUCUACAAAAAAACUCAGAUAUGGUUUUCUCAUAAACUUAACAGGUAAAAAGUUAUCCGACUUGAAUACCAGUAACCAAUUUGAUUCUAAUAGUAUAUGAUUUUAGAACGCGUUUUUAUUUCACUGGAUCUUACUGUAUAUCAAGAGACCCGGUAGAGUCUCGAGACCAGUACUGUUGUCUGGUAUACAGUAUACAGUACCAUUGACAGUCCUGUUAUAGCAGAUAACAGGACUAUCAAUGGUACUGUAUUCUUGGAUCAGCAGGAUCCGAGGCUCGCCGAGACUGUACUUUCUUUGAAUAAACCGAUUCGCGGUGGUGGGGGUAAAAUCAGCAUGUCAUUUCCUAGAAUGAUCGAGCUCAGGAGAUGUUUCGUAAAGCGAAAAUUGGUCAAAACCAACAUGAUCAGUGGCGUAAUUGCUGAGAAAAAACUUUGUACGGGCUUAAGAUUAUGCAAAAGCUACUAACACAUGUAGAAAUUUGACGUGUCUGUAUAUAACACCAUCAAAAGCCUCAUAUCCCUGGGGCUAACUUCACGGCAGUAUCGCGGAUAGACGUCACAUGACAAUACCUCCACUUCGUCACUAUCCAUUAUAUAUACCGAGGUAGUUUGAUCAAUCGGUUAAGGGUUAAAUGUUGUUUUGAUAGUGUAUGACUAUAAAACGUAUUAUGCGAGUUUUGUAAAAACAGUGCGGGUGAGUUUACUUCCAUUUCAAUCGGUUCGCGAAUGUUUGUUGAUAUAUAAGAUAUCCGUAUUGGGAAAUUUAUCCUCGUAUAAACACUUUGAUUUUACGUUUAUUUGGGACAUUAUAUUUUUGCAAUCCUUAUUCUUAUUCCUUUGAAUUUUCAACGGGCGUUGCGAGAAAAAAAAAGUUCGUUUAUAAUAACCUCAAACGUUCUUUCCAACCAGAAAUUUUAUGUCGUAUAUAAUUAUAUUAAAGAAAAAACACGUGUAAUUGGUUGUAUGUAAAUGAAUUCAAAUAAAUUUUUUAAAAGUAUCAAGUAGAGGUGUCUAAUCCAA